AUGGCGUCGUCUCUCUCACAAUCCUACUUUGACGAGACGGUGGUAGAGAAUGAGGAAGUGUUUGACCUCUCAACUGAGGAAGCAGUAGUGGAAACCAUAGACCAGUUGUACAAGCAACAGACCAACAAUGCCAACAGUAGUAGCCAUGCCGGCAGUUUGGAACGAUGGAAGGAACUGCAACGAGAGCAUGGAAUCUCAUUGACUCAUCCCGAAUCGAAACAAGGAAUUCAAGACCGCGAAGAACAGCGUGUCUUCCAGGCGUUGCUUCAAGAAGAGAGUUGGACUGUCGAUGUUGUGAAUCAGAUAUUGGACAUUUUGAAGCGAGACAGUACUCGCAAUGACGAGUCAGCGUCGUCUGCCUUGUUACUAUUGGGUCAAUUAUUUUGGAAUACAAAUACCAUGGUGGAUAAUGAUGACGAGAAUCAAGCACCGACCGGUAAGUCGAGCGCCAUGAACAAAAUGGCCCAGUUUGCCAAUGACAACGACCAAAACGAUGCUCUGGCAGUGGCAUUGCCGGUAGCCCUGCAGGCCCUUUCCGUGGGUCCGCCAUCCUUGCGGCGUACACGACAAGAUCAAACACUCCACGAGUUUGUAGUUCCAGUGAAUGGAUGGGGGCGUCUCUUCCAGCACGAAAUAAUAUCGGUCACGACGAGUCGAAUUUUGUGGCUCCAGCUGAUUCAUCAAGUCUGUCAGGGAAAUGAACCCAACAAAAAGUACUGCAAUUCCAAACCAAUGUUACAAGCAUUGGUGACAACGUUAGAUUCUUCUUUGCAAGCAGACAACGACAAAAAAGACAAAGAUCGUCCACUCACCGAGGCUACGUGUCAAGUGUUGACAGUCUUGUGCCGGUUUGAUGACUUUUCGUCCCAAGCGACAAAGGGACAGGCCACGGACAAUACCGGAAUGGUCGUCUCGUCAGCACAUUCUACCGUGACUACAUUGGGAGGUAUGGGCAUUGUCUCCAUUUUGCAAGCAUGGUUGAAACAAGAAGAGGGGAACCUUGCUGUGUCAGUAAAAGACGGCAAUGCCAACAAUCCAACGUUACUGUUAGCACUAUUGCAAUGCCUCCGAAGUUUGGCCAUUCAAGAUGAGAUGGUGGUCCGCAUGGUCUCGGUUGGAUUGUUGGAGGUGCUGCAGUCCGUAUUUCAACAAUUCUGUAGUGUGCACCAUGAUGAGCAACAACAAAAAAACGAUCAUCAUGAGAGCGAGAAAGAAACCAUGCGCAUGUCCAUUUUGACAGCACUCAUUGGCUUGUAUCGCAACCUUUCCGCAAACGACGAAUUGAAGACCACCUUGUGUCGAUCACCGCAACAAUCCAUUGUGGGACCAUUGAUUGCCACACUACAGAGUCUCACCGAGCCAACGACGACGACAACUACUUCUACUAGAACGGUUUCAGCUGGCACCAAAGCUACAUUGACCAAAUUGCAGGAGCACGUAUGUGCUACUUUGGGGAGCAUGGCGUUGCGGCAACCUCAAAACGCUCAAAAGAUCGUGGAAGAAUAUCAGGGACAUUUAGUGAUUCUCAAAGCCAUGCAACAAUCACAGCAUUCGCCUCUGGUGCAACGGCAAGGUUGCCUCGCCAUUCGCAAUUUGGCCAGCCGAGCGUCGGAUACGACCCGACAAGCCCUCUUGGAUGCCGGAGCCGAACCGGUCCUCCGGCAAGCCGCGACCUUGGGAGCCGUUGACGAAGCGUAUGCCGCCCUGCGAGAUUUGGGGUGUCAUGCGGUGCUGCUGCAGUCCAAUCCAGAGACAGGAGAGCUGGAACGUCAACCCAUGUUUGGAGAAAAACCAUUGCAAUUCCGACCAGUGUAUGACUGA